CACCACGACAAUGGGCGUCCUAGCUGCUCGCCGCGCGCUCUACGUCGCCAUCGCCGUGCUGCUGUACGGCACGCUCGGCGUCGCCGCCGCCGCGCUGCACCUCUGGCGGUUCGGUUGGGGCGAGGCGAUCUUCGUGUGGGAGCGCGUCGCCGUGGUCGUGUGGCCCGUCGCCUCGUCGCUCUACCUUAUUGGAUUCUACUUCUCGCCCGUGUCGCCUAGCCUCUGGGUCGAGAUCCGCGCCCUCGGCGCCUUGUUCCUCUCGGGCGUCUUCUCCGUCGGGUAUUACACCCGCUACAAGCUCACUGCGUGCGGCACGGCCGAGCGGUCGGGCGGCGCGUAUGAAAGGCUCGGCAUUGCAACCAUCGUGCUCGGCUGGAUCAGCAUCGCACUGAUCGCCGUGCUCAUCCUCACACUGUACGCCUACGGCCGGGUGCGGUCCCGCGCCAGCGCCGACAAGGAGGUGUGGGACCGCCGCCUGGUGGACAUUGUCGCGGAGCACGCGCACGCCGCCCGCUCCCCGGUGGACGAGUACGCGCGGCUCAUCCCCGAGCGCGAGCGCGAGCCCGACGCCGACGAGCCGUCGGGCCUGUUCUCGCCCGGCGCGCUCCGUACCCUCGCGUACGCGGUCAUCGGGCUCACGGCCGCGGCGACGAUCGGCGUCGACGCCGCCCUCGUGCACUGGUUCCGCCAGCGCGGCGGCCACACCCCCGACAGCUGGUAUGGCGACCGGUUCGACCUGCGCGGGCCCGUGUCUGUGCUCGUCUUCGCGGUGCUCACGACGGCCUAUGUGGCAGUCCGACCCGGUCUCGCGCUCAAAAUCCGCAACGAGGCGCUCGCCAACGCCAUCCUGACGGCGCUAGGGAUCACCUCCAUGUCCAUCCUCAGCGCCUACUGGCCCCUGAUCAACCCGUACCACCUGGGCGUGGGCACCGCGACGCUCGUCUUGGGCUGGGAAGCGGCAGGCACGCUGCUGUUCCUCCUCGUGCUCGAAGGGCUCGUCAUCCUCCGCUCGGUGCGGGAGGGCGUCGAGGGCGUCGGUGCGGCGACGUUCACGGAGCUCGUGCACGGUCGCAGCCUGUGGUGGGUGUACGCCCCGGAGGAGCGGCCGUCGUGGUACGCCCAGCUAUCGAGCGUCGCCGCGGAGCGCGAGGCGGCCGCGUGA